AUGGUCAGUGUACAAGAGAAGAGUGUGAGAGGUGUGAGCGUGAGGGUGGAGAGUGGGAGAGGUGUGAAUGGGAGGAGGGAUGAUGAGGAAGAGGAGGAAGAGGUGGUGCGAGAGGAGGAGGAAGGGGAGGAAAAAGAGCAUGUGGUGGAGUUGUUGGGAGAAGAAGCGGACGAGGAGGAAGAGGAGGAUGAAGAUGAUGUGAUCGAGGUUUCAGACCCAGAUGGGGAGAGUGAGGAGGAGGAGAAGGGAGACGGUGGGGAGGAAGGUGGGGAGGAAGAGGAGGAGCAAGGUGAGGAUGAACAUGGGGAGGAAGAAGAAGAGGAGGUGUAUGGGAGCGUGGAAGAGGCUGACGUGGACUGUCCAAUCUGCGGCUGCCACCUGUCCCAUCUGGAGCCAAUCAGACGCGAGCAGCACUCCAACGCAUGCCUGGAUGCAUGGGGAAAGGACAAGGGAGAAGAAGAGGGGACAGAGACAGGCAGAAUGGGAGCAGAUACCGUCUCGUGUGGAAGGGGCAAGGGGGAAGAGGAGACGGAGGUGCGUAGAACUGCGGUUGAUGGCAGGGUGAAGGGCACAGGGGAGAAGCGAGAGGAGAGUGGGACAAGGGGAGAGGGGGCGUGGGAGGAGGGGGAGGAGGAAGAGGAGGGAGAGGAUGGGGAGGAGGGAGAGGAGGGAGAGGAGGGAGAGGAGGAUGAGAAUUCAGCAAUGGCUAGGAUGUUGUGGCGGAGGAUAGAGGCGGAUAGCAUGGGGAUGGAGAUGAGGGCAUGGAGGAGGAGAGAGACGGUGGAGGUGAGAGGGGAGGAGUGUGAGGAAGAGGAGGAGGAAAGGGAGGAGGAACAGGAGGGGAAGGACAAGGGAGAGAAUGGAAGGGGAGAGAAGGAGAUGGAGGACAUGGAGGAAACGGAGAAGGAAAGACAGCAAGUGGGUGGACAAUCAGGUGGAAAUUCAGGUGAUCCGUCAGGUGUCGGCCAAGGCGCUGACAAGGAGUAG